AUGGCAGUUCCUCUGAGAGGAAACCUGGCUCUUAAAAGUGGAGCCUUAGCACCGACGGCCAGCAAGUUAUCCACCCAGUAUAUGGUUGUUGAUCACAUGACCCAUCAUUACACCAAGAUUGACAAAGCAGGAUCGCUUGUAGACACGCAGCCUCCCCAGAGUUUGCUGACCAGUCAAAAAAUCAGAGACAGGAAAGUCCGUGACCUUAUCAUCAACAGCCUUCACCCACAGUUGACCUCUUCUGUACAGUUUGGAUCUAGCCAUAGUCAUACAAAUGGCCUGUAUAUGAAACCUGCCUUCGUUGCCAGAAAACGAUCCCAGUCAGCAUCCAGGUCAGAACUUCUGGUCCAGCCUGUGAGGAAAAACAUCACAUUUGAGACAGCUCCACCUGUCAAGUCAUAUGUGAGUGGACACCUACCAUCACAGAUGAAUGCUACCUUACGCAACAAAACACAGUUAGAGACUGGUCACCACAGCUAUAUGUCCUCAGUGCCUACUGCCAGCUUUGGUUACCCACAUUUAAGUUCUGUUGUCGUAGCAUCUCAUGAUGCUCUAAAACAGACCUAUAGCCGGGACGUGCUGGAUGUUCGGCCCCAGUACUUCACCCAGCCAGCAAAACCAUUUGCACCAAGAACACUUCGAAGCAGCCAUGAGUCCAGGCUGAGACACUCCAGAUGCUACCAUCCUCCCCAGGCUAGGAGUGUCAGCAACGGACACACUGAGUCUGCUCAACAAAUGUCCGCAGAACUCUGGCCACAGUCUAUGUCACCAGCCACACAUAAGCAGCCAAGGAGGCGUGUUUCAGAUGAGGGCCAUCAGACUGGGCCCCAUGACCUGAUGGACACCCUGAUACACAGCAGUGGUGGAGAGUACCCUGACCAGACACCCAGUAGUGUGCCGCUCUUGGCAGUUCCCAGAGACAAGGACCACAUGAAGUGGCUGAAUAAGAGAUCCAGAGAGAGUGAUGAUAACCAGGACAUUGGAUGUAGGCAAUCAUUGGUUGGGACAGGAAAACAGCUAGUAUCAUCCGGUGUGGAUUCUAGUCUAAGGGCGGCUAUCAAGAUAGAGUUGAUGAGGAGAGAGGAAGAGCACAAGUAUUUGAUGUUUGCCAAGGAGGUCACAAAUGAUGUCAUCUCCCGGGGCAUUUGUUCUGACAGUGUUCUAGUUCGAGUGUUUGAAAACCACAUGGAGAGGAGGAAGACAGAACUGGAUAUGGGUCGCAUGCAAGCUGUUGUCAGAGAGCUGCUGGCAAGUAUUGGCCUGCAGCCUACAUCUCAAACAGCACCUGUAGCUUCAAUGUUAGGCACUCACUACCUGCUGCAGUCAGCCACCAAGCUGCAGCUCCCCACGACUCAUAGCUACAGCACCAGUGGUCAUGGAUUUGCUGGGAGAUAUAACAAUCAAUCUGGGCCAGAAAAUUCCCCAGUCUCUCAGAGACACAGUUACAUGGCAGAAGUUCAGGAGUGGACAAAUAUGAGGACCACAGACUGUGAGCUGAGUAGAGAAACAACACAGGUUACCUUCACCUUGAAGUCUGGGGAGACAGGAAAUACUUCUAGUACCAUGAAUUUGGGAACCUCCCAUGACAAAGUGGUCGUCAUUAACAACGACUUGACAUUGACACAGGCACUCAGACAGUACCAGCAUGAGUUGACAGCCAAGGAGGACAUGGAUGAGUUGACAGCCGAGGAGUAUAUGGAUGAGUUGACAGCCAAGGAGGAUAUGGAUAAAUUGACAGCCAAGAAGGACAUGGAUGAGUUGACAGUCAAGGAGUAUAUGGAUGAGUUGACAGCCAAGGAGGACAUGGAUGAGUUGACAGCCAAGGAGGAUAUGGAUGAGUUGACAGCCAAGGAGGACAUGGAUGAGUUGACAGCCAAGGAGGAUAUGGAUGAGUUGUCAGCCAAGAAGGAUAUGGAUGAGUUGACAGCCAAGGAGGACAUGGAUGAGUUGACAGCCAAGGAGAACAUGGAUGAGUUGACAGCCAAGGAGAACAUGGAUGAGCUGACAGCCAAGGAGGACAUCGAUGAGGACAGCCAAGAAGGACAUAGAUGA